AUGGGGCAGAGAUUGGCUCCCACCUUAGCUAUUUCAUUUAUGGCCAAAAUUGAAGCACCUGUUCUGGAACUACGUCCAUUGUUCUACUCUCGGUACAUUGACGAUUGUUUUGUCAUUUGCGCCACCCAAGCGGAGAUGGACAAAUGUUUUGGCUUGUUGAACCGACAGUCCGAACACAUAAAACUUGCUAGGGAGAAACCACAGGGCAACUGGCUUCCUUUUCUGAACAUCCAGAAAGCUGUGCUCAACAGCAUGUUCCGCACGGCAAGAACCGUUUGUAGUGGACCUGAGGAGAGAAAGGAAUCUUCAGCUUUGGCUCACGAAAUUGCUGUUUUGAAUUGUUAUGAAGUCCGAACGUCUGAAAUGAGACGAUACCGAAAUGGACGAGCACGGCAAGUGGAAAACCCCACCACAGAUAAGAUACCUCUCUGCUUUCCUUACAUCUCCGAUGAAGUGAGCGCUGCCAUUAGGCGGUGUCUGAGGAGAGCAGACUUGGAUAGCUCCGUUUCGGUCGUUGAAAUACCACCGAACAGUUUGAAACGUCAAUUAGUUCGGAAUCGUUUAUACGAUACCAUCUGUACAACACCGAACUGUAUUAUUUGUCCCACAGGUAGAUCAGGAGACUGCUUGAGAUCCGGGGUAAUCUAUCUGAUUUCUUGCACGAACUGUGGCGACGAAUAUAUCGGUGAAACGGCACGACCGCUGUAUGUCCGCAUCAAAGAGCACGUGAGCGGCAAGAAUAGGUUACGAGAAUGGACACCUUUAAGUGCCCAUAGAACACAAAAACACGACGGAGCCGAUUUUGAAAUUAGGGUCCAAAUCUUAGCGCACGAAACUAAAACGUUGGCUCGAAAAUCGCUGGAGGCAUUUUGGAUCCAAGCCAAAAACCCUAAAAUGAACCGCAAAGGUGAAUGUCUGUCGAUAACGCGGGAACUCGCGCCAUAUCUCGACUGGUUUGUCCGAUCCGAAUGUGACAUUCGAACCAUUCGCCCUCGUGAUCGAUCAGUCAGCGGUCCAUGCUAG